GGGGUCACGGAGCCAGACGGGCUUCAAAGUCUAUUUGCCCGUGCUAAGGACAUUGGACGACGCUCAUUUAUGAUAGCUCUUUGCGUCUAACUCACCCGCGUUCGCGACAUGUCGAUCAUCGGCCGGCCAAGACAUUCUGGAUGAAAGAGAACCAUGUCGAUUACCGAGAAAAAGGGGAGUAAGUCUGGACUGCUCCACGAUCGCGUCGCUAGUUUUGGAGGUAUAUCCAUGAAACAAGCUCAUGAUAGGUAAUUGGUCUGAACAGAUUGUGACGUGCUCGGGAAUGUGGAUGUGACUAAAGUACUAAGAUCAUAGUCAUGCCGGGGCUGCUACCUACAUCAAUAACCGUUUUACAUCCUUCGGAGCGAAGACUUUAGGAGAUAUAUUUUACCUGCUGCCCUUCUUAUCAGUUACCAGUUCUAAGUUUCCCUCGGGUGUGAUACCUUAACCUUUUAUUUGUGGUACGGAACGGCCCGAGCUGACAACAUAGUCGAUCAUGUCGAGUAACAAUCCCCUAAACAUUUACAAGGGCCCUAACUCGGUCCGAGAUUACUUCGAUCCGGAUUCAGCACCUCCUCUACCUCUUGUCGAGAUACCGGAUAGUCUCAACCCAUACCGACGCGAUGGAGUGAGGAUAUAUGCGAAGAUGAUGACGAUGCAUCCAGCCAACAAUGUGAAGGCGAUGCCAGCGUUGAAUCUUCUAGAGAAGAGUGUAGUGCCGGGAAAGACAAAUACCAUCAUCGAGUAUAGCUCAGGUUCCACAGUCAUCUCCAUGUCCCUCAUAUCCCGAGUAUUUCACGGCAUACCCGACGUCCGUGCAUUCCUGAGCAACAAAACGAGCACAGCUAAAUUGCGAUUGAUGCAAUUCUUUGGUCUCGAUAUUACUCUCUUCGGUGGACCCUCCCAACCCGAGCCCAUGGAUGAACGGGGUGGAAUAAGGGCCGCUCAAAGAAUGGCAGAAGAUAAUGAAUCAAUCGUCAAUCCUAACCAGUAUGAAAAUGACGAUAACUGGAAAGCACAUGUUAGAUGGACGGGCCCACAGAUCCUUCGACAACUACCGGAGAUAAACUUGAUAUGCGCUGGUAUGGGUACAUCUGGAACCGUAACAGGCCUUGGAACAUAUUUCAAAGAAGCCAAACCCUCGGUCUUUUGUUUAGGGGUCUGCACUGCAGCGGGCGAUAGGGUUCCAGGCCCUCGUUCAUUCGCCCUUCUCGCUCCUGUCGAAUUUCCUUGGAAAUCAGCCGUGGACCAUAUCGAAGAAGUUGGCUCACACGAUUCUUUCUCAUUAUCAUUAGAUCUAUGCCGGGAAGGAAUUGUAUGCGGCCCUUCUUCAGGGUUUAACCUCAAAGGACUUUUCCAAUUCAUCGAGAAACAUAAGGCCGCAGGAACGCUCCGAGACUUCGCGGGCGAAGAUGGUGAGAUUCACUGUGUAUUCCUCUGCUGUGAUUUGCCGUACCAGUACAUCAACGAGUACUUCGACAAGUUAAGCCCCGAACACUUCCCGACUAUUAAGAAUGAGGCGUUAACAAAAGUCGACCUUUACCGAUAUGAUGAGGCGUGGGAGAAAGAUGCAGCGGUUGCGCUUCCUCAAUUCUUAGAUGUGAAGCGAGUUCCAGCCCAAGAUGUGCCAACUCCGGGUCUUAAGCCAAUAGUAACGGGAGAGAAUGACAUCAAUAACUCGAUAACUCUUAAAGAAGGGAUGUCCAUCAUCGAUCUUAGGCAGCCACUCGAUUUUGCGAGGUUCAAUCUUCCCGGGUCAAUCAACCUGCCGUUUGCGGAGCUAUCCAGACCCAGCCCAUUCUCGGACCCGGAGGUACUUGAAGCGCUAUGGAGACGGCUUGACGGACACUUUAAAACUCCGAGUGACGAGCUACUCCCAUUGGUGAGGAGCAAGCGGGCACUGCUACUCUGUUACGAUGGGAACAGUUCUCGCGUCGCGACCAGCGUUCUUCGGGCAAAGGGUUAUGAAGCCGAUAGUGUGCGCGGUGGAUUCCGAAUGCUACAGGAUUUCGACGCGAAACAAGCCAAAGGUGACCAUAUCUUCACCUCUAAUCCAGAAACUAAACAUGGGGUUGCAGUGGCGCAUGAGGUUGAGUUAGUAAUGCCUUCGUAAGUUGCGGUGGCGUGGUGCAGUAAUGAUAUGGGGAAGUUCGGGGAGUUUGGUUGGUCCGCGCCGGAUGGUUGCGGUUUUCGCACGGCAGUGCAGGUUGCGGCAUGCCGACUAGCCACAAGGGGUACGAUGUUGCGGAAAAGGCGGAUAUAUAUCUAGGUAAAGCACCUGUGCGCUUUGAAUGUAGCAGGGAUAGAAGAAGCUGGAGAGCGGGAUAAGUAAGUACCUUAUUUGUCUGUACGUGCGUUCGGAUGUUUGUAUAUGUAUAUCCUUAAGCGACAGCAAGCUAUAUGAUAUUCUUCUCGUAUUGAAAUGACCAAUUAGAACUGAGGUAUGUAAGCAGCUGGAAACUGGCACAUGCCAUUUGUGGGAAAUGCUUAUGUUUACUAAUUGUCACC